GUAACCUCCAAGUUUUAUUUUUAUUUUAUUUAUUUAUUUAUAUUUUUUUACACACCUAAAUUCUUUCCCACACGAGCCCAGUUAAAUGACGUCAUCUUCUCACUCUCCUUAUUGUAUAAUAAACCCGGCUUUCGUCCUUUCGUCCUGCCCAUUCUACAUACAUCCUCCUAAACGCCCACUUGAUGCCAUUCCGAAUCAGAAAAGUGCAGGAUAUUACAAUAACUGGAGUCUGUGAAUAUCAACGAUCCCUCAAAAUCAGGAUGCCGAUUAUUCCGUCCGAUUCAGACCCUCAUCCGCAGCAAGGAGGUAGCGGGAAUUCCUCGAGCACUCACGAUCCGAACUCCCAGAAACCUAGCAUCUUUGAUCAUAUCCGAAAGGGCCCUCAGAUUCCUGACAACAUGCCCCCAAAGGCAUCCCGCGAAGAGAUCGAGGCACGCAUGAAGGAGUUGAACAAAUAAAAUAGGGCUUUGCUGGACAGUGAUAACAUUGGAAUUCUUUUAAAA